AUGUCCAGCAACGUCGGGGACGCGGCGAGUGUCUACCAUGAGCGAGCGGGUCGGGCAGUCACUCCCUUGGAUCAAAGGAGAGCAAUCCUGCGAUCGGGAGGUAGCCUGAGAGUGAGUUUCUCAGCUCCGACGGAGCAUCAGGGGAAGGAAGAGACCGCAGAAGCUGCUGCUGCCCCCACACCCCAUGAGCAGCUCCUGCCCACCAACCCGUCCACUACAGGCCCUCCCGCCGCUCUCACUGCGGCACAGCAGGUUGAACCUGAGGCUGUCGCGCAACCUCUGCAGCAGGUGGAGGAUCAACCGAGCCUGCUGCAGCAAAUCUUUGGGAAGUUUCAGUUCGACGUGUCCGAUUUCCAUCGAGCAAAGGAAGCGAGAGUCGGAAGCGAUGAUCGUUACGUUGCCAAGGAAAAACCAACUCAGAGACAUGAAACAAUGGAGCAAGUGCAAGAAAUCCAGAAUCGACCGCAAAGAGAGGGGAAGAAUGAGGAGAAGACGGGAGUGUCUGACAACGCGUUCAUCCAUCGACGAAUGAGCUACAUCCAUCACUCCCACGAUUCCUUCAAUCGUCGGAAGGAGGAGAAGAACCGUCGGCAGGAGAGGGAGGCAGCAGAGAAAGCAGCAGUUCAAGCAGCUUUCUUGCAGAAGAAGAUUGCGGCUGAUAACGCAGCAGCAAGCGUGCUGCAAGCAUUCUGCCGAGCAUCCACCUGGAGGGCCUUCCCGGACAAGAGAAAGAUCUAUUUUGAGGCUCUGUUGAUCCGAAAAUUCGCGCUAUCAUCGUUCUUGAGACGGAAGUACCAACACGAUCCCUACAUAAGCGAGAAUGUUUUGCGAUUUUUCCCGUCUGUUGGCAGAAGCAGCCUGACGAUCAAUUGGAAAUGCAAACAAGUGGCUCAAAAGAUUGAUCAACGCCUUUUCAUUGAAGCACAUAAAUUGCUAGUUACAGCUAUGUAUGAUCUUCAAGAGUUCGGGGAAGCAAUUGGCACUAAGGAAGAAGAUCUCUUGACCAUGCAAUUGGUGCGGAGAGAUAAUGAGUUUUACGACCAAGACAAUCCGUUCUGCUCUGCUCCAGGAUGCUCCCGCAAACCGAUCCGUGUGUGCGAAUGGGACAAGAAGAGUAAGAUAUGUGACCGGCACCAGUAUCAUUGUGUUUGGGAUAGAGACUCGCAGUCUCUUUUGUUCAUGAGCCAACAUAAGAUGAACAUCGCGUAUAACAAUAGGAAAGAGCAUUUCUGGCUCACUAUUCUCACUUCUUUGCAUCAAAGACUUGGAGCAGGAGAAAGCUGCAUGAUGAAGCAACUUGUCUUGUCAAAGAAGACUGGCGCCGAAAAGUAUCAGGGAAACCAGUUGCACUUGAUACAAACCAUCCUCAACAGAGCAUGGACGGUCAUGGUGCCUGACGACGUGCCAUCUGUCGAGGAGGCGGUGAGGACCUGCAAGGAUGGGGUCAAGAUCAUCAUCAGGGAGGGGUACUACUCUUGGACCCACCCCGUCGAAGUGAGGAAGAGAGUCGAAGUCCAAGGAGAGAAGGGAGUGUUUCUUCAUGGACCAUGGUGCUUCGAUGAGGACAGCGGUCACGGGAAGUUUGACAACAUCACAUUCAUCUCUUCUUGUGGGAAGGGCCUGCACGUCUCUGGAGGGAGGUGGCACUUCACGGACUGCGUCUUUCAAGGACAUGGCGAUGGAUGUAGUGUAGUCUCCUGUGGGGGGAACUCAGAGGUCUUGAUGGAGCAGUCGAUGAUUUGCGGGCUCAAGACAGAAAGAGAAGUUCUGCAUCCCUUGUUCUGCAUCAGCGCCUUUGAUCGCAGUAGCGUGAAGAUGCAUGCAACAGUGAUCAAAGAUGCAUCUGGCAGUGGGGUAAGGGUCAGCGGCAGCGCGAGAGUGGAAUGUAUUGACUGUCAUCUACGGGAUCAUUCUCUCUCUGCCCUCAAGAUUGAUGAGUGCUGUGAAGUGAUGAUUCAAAACUCUCUUGCUCAUCAUAACGGAUCGUUUUUGGAUGCUCAUUUCAACCCUUCAAUGGCCUCAUACUUUGACAAAACCCUCGGAAGUUCUGUCCAACUAUACGACAACAUAAUCUAUGGAACAAUGUGGGCAAGCAGACAUCGCCCUGUUUACCUUCUUGGCAAGCGAGGAAGCAAGAUUUCUAUAGACAAAGGCGAUGUUUUGCAGAAAACAAAUUCUAUCCUGAAGAGUUCACAAUGCCUCUUGCAAGCACUCUGA